AUCUAAGCCACGUGUACGAGGACGGUGUUUAUUUGACAUGAUUUAAGAAUUGAAAGCGAAUUGUGACCCUGCACGCGGUUUUCAACUAUGCGACGAACAGAAAAAGUUAAUGCCCUCUUGUGACAGAUGACGUCUAACUCUAAGUUUUUUUACUCGCGCUUUCCGGCGGGAUUUAAAAUCUAAAACUGAAUUACUAUGGCUUGGCAAUUACUACAUCCACCGAGUCCGUGGGACUGAGACUGAGAGGAGGUAGAAAUAAGAGCGGAAAUCCUAAAUUUAAUUUGGCUCCCAAUUCAAACCUGUAGGGGAAAGUGAGAGGACUCAUCAGUUUUUUCCUUGACACCACCAACCUCCGUUUUCAAAAAUGUCGGCUGCUAUGCCCCCGAUGCAGAUGCCGCCGCAGUCUCUGACUGCCGGCAUGCCGGACCCCUCCACUAUCGGCAAGCAGAAGGACGCCUACAUGAAGAUGUUGGACGAGCAGGUGAAGUAUCAAGUGCAAAAGUGUCUGGCUCUGGAAGAGUGCCAGACUUGUCAUGCUGCUUUUCCAUGACCCAUGAGGUCUGGAAUGCAGGACCUAGCAUGACAGAUUCUGCGAGACCUUUCUCAGGUCUAUCCUGCAUGAGAAACUCCCUCCCGACUUGGUCAAAACUGGGCGACUUUUGGUAAUCAUGCAACACAGAUUUUUGCAUGCUGCAGAUUUAGCAUGACAAGUUUCAAUCUUCCAGACACAGACAUUUUUACAUUUGAUAUGAAGCAGGGCACCCAGGUGUUGGAGGCCCAGGUGAAGCACCAGAAGGAGUACCUGCUCGGCCAGGCGGAUCAGCAAAAGAAGCAGUUCAUCAUGCAGGUUUGAUUUGUUGGAGAAACGAUUCCUACUACUACUUAUGGUUUUAAAAGAUGCAGCUUUAAAUUUGGUCAUCCUCAUCUCUAGGAUAUCGAGAUGAUGGCUUGUUCGCGUUUGUGAUGCAUCUCUGAGUAUAGGAGUUUGUGCAUGACAAGCUCAUUUGAAAAUCAAAAUCCAUACCAACCUCGCCAGAUCGACAUGGAAGUGAAGCAGCAGGAGAUGGCCCUGGACCAGCAGCGCAUGGAACAGCUGAUGGCCCUGCAGCAGCAGGCGGCGCAGCAGAAGGCUGCUCUGGAGCAGCAGGCUAUGCAGCUCAGCAUGGAAUACCAGCAGAAGAAGGCCGAGGAGGAGAUGCAGAAGCAACAGUACAAUGUGAUUUUUUUCGCUUUUGUCUUGCGGGAUUUUGAAUGAGAAACGCAAUUCCAGAUGGGCAAAGGCGCAUGACAAAGACAAACCAAAUCCAGAUGUAACAUGAAAAUCAAAAUUUACAAGGUUUGAGAUGGAGAAGAAACAGCAGGAGAUGCAGAUGAAGAUGCAGGUACUAAGUGCAAGCGUGUCUGUGUCUAGAAAAUACUGAUGCGGGAUUGUAUGGCGUGGCGUUAGCAUUUUUAGGUGCAGCUAAGCCUUGACAACAGUCUGUCAUGCGCAUGCUGGGCUACAAACUAAUUGACUUCUACACGCAAGAGCAGGGAAGGUGCUCUCUUGUCGGUCAACAUGUAGUGCAGAUUUAGAUUUUCCCGGAGUAUCAGAUAAGCGAUACAAGUUCCACAAUACAAGUUUCACUUUGUCAUUGUCAGAUGCAGACAUGUUCGCAAUGCAUAGCAGGAGGAGAUGAGCAAGUUCCAGGGUGCCGGUCAGCUGUUCACCACUCCCGCCUUGGGCACGGCCAUGCCGGGCGCCGGCGCCACCUACACCUACGGCCCCAACGGCGAGCUGGUCCCGAAGUAAAAAGGAGGUUCUGGUUACAAUGGAAAUGAAAAAGCGAGGUUUUAUAGGAAAAGAAAACUACAGACAGCAGAGGAACCUUGUAUGAUGAUAGACUUUCCCAAGUUUUCCAAAUUGAUGAUGUAGCUAGUAGUAAUUUUUCACCACGUAUUUUCGAGAAGUUUUAGCAACUUCCACCAGGACAACACUCUUCAUCUGCAGAUUGUUUAGCUGCGUAAAUCAAUCGUGCUUGUAGUCCGCAUCGUGGUGCUGUUUGUGCACUCGGAUGGAGUAAAGCUAGAGCAGAAAAUCUUUACAGAUUCGUCUGAAAAGGUGAACCUUGUGUAGUAGUUUCUACCGCGCUUCCUGCUUAAAGUUUGAUUACGUGCAGAAACACUGUUGAAGACAGUCCGUCUUUAGACUUCAUCUUUCCUUGAAAAUACGGUAGUUGUGUUUUUCUGCCUAGGUGAGCAUUUAUUUACCACAGUCUGAAAACACAGAACAGCAUCGAGUUUCCGUAAGACCUCUUACGCGCUUCGUGCUAUACUCGAGGAAGCCUCGAUGUAGUACGAAGUCGCUACGGCAGGGUUGUAACUUGUAAGCUUUGAUGGAGAAAUGGAAGAGACAAGUCCAUGCUUAUUUCACUUUUUACGGUCAACGUAGUCCUUGUUUUAUUUCAUUAUCACAAGUUAUGUAGGUACUUAUUGUCAAGUCAAAAUACCGCACCGUGGAGAGAAGUACACAAGGCUCGCAGCUCGUGCUAGCCUUUGAAAUCCGCUCUUGAGCAAUCGGGCAGCGCAAGACUUACGCUGAGACGAGUCCGGUGUACUAUCUUCUGGUGUACUAGCAAUGCAAAGCCACUAAGACCCACUGCGACCAACAUUUCGAGUGCAAAACUGACACUGGAGGUUUCAUCGCAAGGGCAGGCACGGGUGAAGGUGAUUCAUGUUGAACACGAAGCAACAAAGCGAACACUUCUGAGCCGGGUCGUGAUUCUUCAAUCAACCUUUUGCCUUGUCUACAUAUAAUACUCGAGCACGCGUGAGGACGGGCACUCGCGCGACCUUCCCAACAAGGACACCCAAGCUACACGGCGAGUUCUUCUGACAUCUCCAGAUGGGUGUGCGUCUUCCCUUGUGAGAAAAUCCAUAGCUG